GCUGGGCGCACCCCGCAGCCCCAGCAGCACUCCGUGUCCCGCAGUGUCCCGCACCCCACUGCAGCCACGGUGCAGGGUACCACGGCGGCCGGCUGCCGUCAGAGCCCACCCCGCCUGCCCGCCGGCACGGGCGGGCCCCGGGGGCGCCCCGUCGCGUCAGGAACAGCAGCAGCGCCGCGGCCCCGCCGCUACGGAACUACAGGUCCCGUCGAGCAGCGCGGCAGCGCGGGGACUGCCGGGCGCUGCGUCCCACGGUACCCCGCGGCGGCGGUGGCGAGUCGGGCCGGGCCGGGCAGGACCGUGAGGUCGGCGGGAUGCGUCUGUCGGUGCCCGCAGCCAUCUCGCAUGGCCGCGUGUACCGGCGGCUGGGGCUGGGCCCGCGGUCGCGUAUCGACCUGCUGCGGAACCUGGUGACGGCGCUGGUGCGGCACGAACGUAUCGAGGCGCCCUGGGCGCGGGCCGACGAGAUGAGAGGCUACGCCGAGAAGCUCAUUGACUACGCCAAGCUGGGGGACACCAACGAGCGCGCCAUGCGCAUGGCGGACUUUUGGCUGACGGAGAAGGACCUCAUCCACAAGCUGUUCAAGGUGCUGGCGCCCCGGUUCCAGCCCCACCCCGGCAACUACACCCGCCUGCUGCAGAUCCCCAACCGGGAUGGCCUUGACCGUGCCAAAAUGGCAGUCAUCGAGCUCAAGGGGAACCCCUUCCCACCGCUCAUCCGCCGGCGCCACGACAGUGAGAAGACACUGCUCAACCAGCUCCUGAAGGGCUACAGGGAGGACAUGCAGCAGGCGGCAGCCCCACAGGCCCCCGAGGGCACCCCAGUGUAGGCAGCCCCUUCUGCCCCUGUAUGCACAGGGAUGGGGCUUGGCAUCAGCCACCUGUGCACCAGGCAGCUUGUUGCCAUCCUGGAGUGCAGGGAGGGAAGAUGUCCUGAAGGUUGAUCACUAACCUCGAGUUGCACAAGGUCGAGGUUUACUUGCUUCUUCCUGUGGUUUGAAUAGAGCGUUGGCAAGAGAAGGAUGUCAAGCUGGGAGCCCUGGUGGUUGAUACACUCUGUGUAAAUAAACUCUGUUCAGAAAGUGA